AUGUACGUAUUUCUGAUGUCAAAAUGUUGCUUAGUGAAUGUGGAUAAUUCCAGCCUGCACGAGCGAUUCAGUAGUCUCUAUACCUACCUUUCUCAAUAUUAUCAACUUCCAUAUGACCGCAUGAUUCUACUUAGUGAUGGUGGUAAUCAGUUAAAUCAUUUCAAUAUUAUCAAAGACCAUGAUGUCGGAGAAACUUGUGACAAUCCCAUUUAUGUAUUCGUCCGAGAAUCCGCAAUUUCGCCGGCGCCCUUUCAUGGAUUACCCAAGAAGGUUUUAAACUACACUGAUCAACCAUUUUCAAAUAUACUCAUCAAUGAUCUUCAAGUCUAUUUCAAGCAGAUUGUUUCGGCGUUAGAUGCUGAUGUGGAAACUAUACGACAACUAGAACAGGACCAAAGACUCAUGUGCUUCGGUUGGUUUAUCGCCCAAGCCAACUUUGAGCACGAUUUGCAGGGAUUUCAGGAGAACGUGAAGAGCUACUGGAAGGAAUAUGAGGAUCAUUGCAGUGAGGUCGGACGUUGGGAAGCCAUUUUCAACAAUUUCUCUGCCAUCAAGGAACGACUUCAAAGUGUUCCUCUGCUGCAAUCUCUUCUUCCCACUUCCAGCGAUGUAACGAAUGAAACCAUCAACGUAUAUGGUCCUCCACGAACCCUCUAUGAUUGGAUGUGCCAUCAAACGGCCCAUAUUGUGCCUCGUAGACCCAACGCGUCCAAUUUGGCUGGACGAGUAGGAAGUGGAUUCCACCUCACUUCAACGGCGAGCAGCUCAUUGGAUAUCUCUGCUGUUCCUCUAAAUAUCCUCUGCCGCAAUCCUUCCAAACUCCCCCUUAAUACCUCAUUCUAUCUAUCUACUUCCUCAUCUUCUCAGGGUGAUGGUUCUACACCCUCUGUUGUCCCGAGCCUGGAAUCCACUCUUAUUGAACUUGUUGAGGAUUCCGCUGCGAAAUUAAGGAUGCUGAAUGAUAGUUCAGGAGAUAUGUCUAUGACUAACCAUAAGACCUCUAUAUGUGACGAUGGUGAUACCAACUCUGUUCUCAUGAUGGGAGAUGAAAUUGAUGAUCAACGACCACACGAGGACGAUAAACCCAUGCCCCUCUCCACAGGCCAAAAAUUAGCUUUUGUCUACUCGAAGUUGAAGAGUUUUGCUGAUCUCCUAGAUGUUGCGCCUCGUGAUGCUGAAUGCUUAUCUCACAAUGAAGUUCAUGAAAGGGAUGAAGUUAGUGGAUCCAUCAGAAUAGCACAAUUGAAUCAGGAAUCAAAUUACGGUUUCUCCAGCCAUUCAAUUUCGCCUAUGGAUUCAUCGCCACUUGUUCGCGGUCAAGCUGCUAACUACCCUACUUCACUUCCCUUCAUGGCAUGCCCAAUGCCAGAGCAUGAGAUUCAACAGAAACCAGAUUCCAUGGAAAAUUCGGACGACGGGGUUGUCAACUGGAGGUGUUCCAAAAGAAACUUUAGUCGUCAUCUAGACAACCUAAACAGAAUUCAAGAUGCUGCCCAGGAUGCUGUUCGUCAAGUAAAGGAUCAAAUAUGUGAGGUUCUUCUUGGACUCAAGAAUCACGAGCCAUUAAAAGCUCAAAAGUGUCGCCUUUUAAAUAUUGGUAAACUACUUAAAGAUCUCGGCACUCGCCUCCAAUCAAUAAUCGACAUGAAGUAUAAGCUUGCUGAUGUCAUUUCCAGACUGCAAGUACAACUGCAAAGUUUCUCUUCUGAGGCUAUGAACAAAGAACGAGAGUGUGUGAGAUGUUUCGCAUACUUAUCCAAUAUCUCGAAAUGCAGCGCUGUGUUAUAUCAACUCCAGGACUCUCCUGAACUUUAUGUCAAGUGCUUGUUGGAAAUAAUCCGUCGACGACGAACUUCGUCACUCUGGAGCUCACUUAACAAGCGAUACACACGUUACUAUGCAGAAUUUCAGCAUACUGAGUCUCAACGUCGGGAGUCUUUAGCCUAUGAACUGAAGGAUCACCUUCUGGUGGAGAUUUUUCGCCCUCUGAACACCCCCUACUUACCUUGUCUACGCUUCAGCCAUCCAGGAAAACAGGUCUCUCGCAUUUCUUUGAUCUCUUUGUCUUCGUCUAAACGACUUAGUUCAAAUGGCAAGUGUUUGUCCACUAGCCAGCUGAAUAAUCCAUCCCCUACCGCCUUCCGUUUAUCUGCUGCUAAUCGACCUCGAACAGUAAUUAUUCCCUCUAAUAACGAAGUUCUCUCUAACAAUAGUAAUAAUAACAGUACCGAUCGAAGCGAGAACUCUCUCCCUUCCAUAAAUGAAGCAGAGGUUAGAGAACUUGCAACGCGACUUCCUCAAGAUCUUGCCACGAUGAUAACAAAAGCACUGAAGGAAUUAGAAUCUGAGGAGUAUGAACUGAUGGCUGGAUUUCAUUUGGGAGGAUCAGAUGAUGAGAUGGAGGACAGGUUGACACAAUUGGAAUGGCAGAAACAAUUGCGACGGCGGUCUAGACUCUUCUCUAGUCCCGGAAUACUAGCCCAUGGAUUUACUCGACAGAAUUAUCAAAUCCAAGCUGUCGAUGCCUCUACUAAUACCAAAGAAGAACCGCCAAAAAGCCCCACCAGCGAUAAGGGAGUUGAGGCUAAUUUUGAAGCUACCUGUGAUCAACCCACCCAUUCUCCUCCUUCCCCACCUUCUGAGCCUAUUGACCAAUCCACCGAUCUCUACCUCUCAAUUGAGGUUUCCAAUUUCUCCGAGAAUCCAAUCUCUCCAUCGAGCGCCUCUCACAACCCUUCCUCGAAAUUCUUUUCCCCUCAAGGCAGCCGCAGUGAAGCGGAGACGGAUCCCGAAGGCGGAGAUGCCCCUAGCACUGCAAGUGACUCUCUUAUUGCAGCGUCUUAUCCAAGGCAUCUAAACGAAGCUCUCACGGCACAAUCAGCCACCUUAAGAAAGCUUGUGGAACAGUUGAAUACUGGUCUUCCAACCCAUUUAAGCGUCAAACUGCCUACUUUCACUCCUGGCGAGGAAACCAAAUACUUGAAUGAGACAGUAUCAUAUAUUAGUCAACUGGUAAGUCAGCUGGAGGCACGUAAACUUGUCCUCGUCGCCCCCACGUCAACUGCCUCAUUGCCCUCCUCAACUGAAUCUCCUACUCUACCUCCCUCUCCGCCAAAAAUUUCCACCAAAUCCGUCUUCACUCAAGCCUCCCAACAGAACUCCAGCCAGCUUACAGAAUGUUCUUCACGGGAAUUACCAGUUACCCAAGCAACUUCCAUAUCAAUCAAUGAAGACAUUGCGUCGCUCUCAAAUAAUCUAUCUUCCCCCAUAUUCCACAAUAACUUUGCUUUUUCCAAUUUCCGAUCUGAAAAUUUAGUAAUCUUCAUCCCUGUUGUGGUUUCGGCUAAAAAUCAACCUAACAGCGGCACUAUGAAUGACGUGCCCGUUGGGGAAGAUGCGUUGACAACUGGUGGUGGCAUUUCCUUCUGGGGAAAACAGUCGCUUCGCCUCCUGUCAUCUGACAUAAUAUCGUCUUCGCUCGCUCCUUCAAGUGCAACAGGCGCUGCUGUGGAGCAAUGGCGAAUGUUGUCAAACGAUGGGCUUGUCUACUUCCUCCAUGAUGAUGACUUUGAGGACUUUAACGUUGCUCGCAGUGCCUGUCAACCGGCUGCUAGUGCGCUUUGUCGGACUGGGGAACCCUCUCAAACUACCUUGUUGCCAGAACCAGUCCUGCCUUUAGCAAGACGUGCAGUACCUUUCGUUAUCGGAGUCUUUCAACGCAAGGAAAAGUGCAUAUCGAAAAAAGAUGAAAACCGGUUUGGUCUUCCUCGCGACUUUGUCUUCUUUAGAGUUCGAGCUCGGUCUUUAUGA